AGCAGUCCAUGCCUAGCUACCAACAACCGUGAUGCUCACCGUCGCGCCCUCCUCUCCUUUCCACUCUCCUUCGUCGUCUGCCAUGGACGCUGCAGUCUCUCCUUUUCAGUCUCGGCCCCUGCGCACAGUCGCGGGCCCGAAGCCGCUGCACCUCGCUUCCCCGUCGACACCGAUCUCGAAAUAUAACUCGGGCCCGGUAACGGCCCCGCUGACCCCCAUCUCGCCCGCGCCCAAGUCCGCGCGGAGACAGUCAUCCAUAUCCUACUUUUCCUCCAAUAAUGUCAGUGAACGCGAGCAGGAGUCGCCGUCGCUGAGCAGGAGCCGGUCGGUAGGCGUCGGACAGAAGGGCGAUAGAAGGAGCACGGGCUCGCUCGUGCAGGACCGUGGCCCGCUCACGCUCGUCGAAAAGCACGCCGACCUCCUGCACUUUAUCGCGCAGAAAGAGUCCAAGUGCCUCGAGCUGCGCUCCGCGCUCGCAAAGGAGGAGGAGGAGCUCGUCGCGCUCAAGCGCAAGUGGGAGCGCAUCGUGCACCGCGGGCUCCAGCGCGCGUCUUUGCCUCCUUCCUCCCCUGCUUCUCCACUGGCUGAGGGCCCGGCGUCCCCGGCGUUGAGGAGAGGCCACUCGCUGCGCGAGUCGACGUCUUCCACGUCCACGUAUGCCACGACCGCGACGACGAGCAGCGGGAGUAACAGGCUCUCGCAGAGCUCUGCGUCGAGCCUCGGCGAGGUCGACGAGGAUAACACCGUCACCCUCUCGUACCCCUCCGCCAAGACGCUCCGCCGGCGCUCGAAAGAACAUCCCGCCAGCCCCAAUACACCCAACACGCCCAGCACCGCGAGCAACUCCAAGCCAAAGCAUAGCAAAAGAGCAAGCGUAAGCCUGAACGCGGGCGCGCUGCCCCCGCCGUCGAUACCGGGCAUCGCGACGCUCUGGGCGGGCAGCGUGGGGAGCGUGGGCAAGCGGUGGGAGGAGAUUCAGCGGGGGGAGACGUUCACGAAAUCCCAAAGACGCGCGUCCACGCUCCUCUCGGACGUCUUCGCCGCACUCGCAUCGCCCUCCUCGCCCGCUUCGUCCUUCCCACCACCUGCCUCUCCCGUGCCUCCCUCCCCCCUACCCCCCUCGCAGCUGCCCUCAUCAGUCUCGCGCUCGACGUCAGGUACCAGUACCUCGUUACUAGACGACGACGGCGACGGGGUCGGCGCGGGGCUGGGGAGCGUCAUGACGCCUGACACGAAGCCCGCGGUCAAGUCUGUGGUCAGUGCUGGGAAGAAACUAGAGGAUGAGGAAGAGUGGAAUUGGUGAUGCUGUUUACGCGGUACUGCUUUCGGUUGUUUGUCUAGCCAUAGUGAGGAGCGGUGCGAGGGUGACGCUUAAGAGUCGAGGUGUGUGUAAUGAAUUUAUGACGGCCCGCUGUGUUCUACGUUCGAUGUUCGUUGUUUGUUUGGAUUUGCUGACUUACUUAUUUACGUCUGGCAUCUGGAAUCCGCAUAUUGUACGCAUUUUUGGUAUUUAAACCCCAAAGGCUGAUAGUGCAUGCUUUCAUUCCCUCAAUAUCCUGC